AUGAAGUUGAGAAGGACAUUAAAGUUCCACAGUUUGAGACGGGGGAAAGUCCGCCAAACAUGGAACAAGUACAACCUCUACAACCUGUCCAAGGUUGAACGAACAAUACCAAACUACAUCCAGAGGACCUUUUUCCAGCAGAAAUGGAACGCAAAGGCCCUGACGCGUGCCUACCACGGCGAGCAUAUCAAGGAGCGCAAGUGGGAGCGCAUGUUCAACCGCCGCAUGCUCUCCGUCGUCAACAUGGACCCCGUCUACAUGGCCCACAACGACGGCUCCGAGCAGGCCGCAGGUAGGGGUUCCGGAAAGGACAAGCCCAGUUUCGAGGACGUCACGCCCUGGCAUGAGCGCGGCCAGGUCAUCAACAAGAGAGCCAAGGCCGGCUUCCCUGCGAAGCCCGACCUGGACCUGGUUGAGCUCGAACAAAGUCGGGACAUCUCCCGGAAGGAGACAAACCUGCAACAGUUCAAGGGCCAGACCCCGUACAUGAAUAUGGCCUACGCUCCGCUGGAGAGGAGGAUCGACGUGGCAAUUUUCAGAGCUUUAUUUGCUAGCAGUACGCGACAAGCGAGGCAGUUUGUCGUUCAUGGUGCGGUCAAAGUCAACGGCCAAGUGAUGACACAUCCAAGCUACCUCCUUAACCCCGGUGACAUGUUCCAAAUCAACCCCGAAUUCGUACUUCUCGCGACUGGCAAGAAGAAGCCACCGCCACCACCCAAGGUUCCCAAGAAAAGCCGCAAGGCUGCCGCAUCUUCAGAAGAGGCGGCAGGUGAAGAAGAAGCUGAAGGUGAAGAGGCUGCCGCCGAGGGCGAGGGCGAAGGCGAAGUCGACGAAGUAGCCCCCGAGGAUAGGACACCAGACCUCGAUGCACUCGAGGCAAGACUCGCAAAGAAUGAAGCAUAUAAAGAAGGCGCAACCCCUACCGAGGCUCAGCCAAACGCACCAGGCAAUAUCCCCCGCGUGUUGAGGUUCCUGUCGAAGCAGGCCAAGGAAAUCCUCGAGCAGCAGAAGGGCGACUUGCAGGUCAAGAAGAAGCGCAAAUUCCGUAACUUCAUCAAGAUGUCCCGCGCGGCGCUCUCAAAGGCAGGCCGUGACGGGGGCGAGGCAGAGGUCGCAUCCGACAAGACGGUCAUGGAAGAGAUCAAUGCCAUGCUUCGAGACCUGUCCGUCGCCGACCCCACAAUCGCCCAGAAAGCGGAGCAGUCGGGGGCGUUCACCCCCGACGAGGUCGCCAAGGCCACGGAAGGGCCACAGAAGGAGGAGCAGGAGGACAAGAAGAAGCCCGCGGCGAAGGCGCGUGCAGACUACGUCAUGUCGCGUGAGGAGGUCUCGCGGAUGAACAGGCUGGUCAAGGAGUGGGAGGACAACCCCGAGGACCUGUCCAAGCCGUACCUCACGCCCUGGGAGCCGCGGCGCUUCAUGGGCGCCUUCGCCUUCAUCCCGCGCUACCUCGAGGUCAACCAGAACAUUUGCGCGGCCGUGUACCUGCGGCACCCGGUGGCUCGGCAGAAGUACGCCGAGGUGCCGACGCCGUUCCCGCCGCACGUCAUGCAGCUGGCCUUCAACUGGUACCUGAGGAGGAGAUAA